AUCACGUGGAAGGCCUUAACCACAAAAAUUAACUCAAUUUAUUCAUAGCUUCAUAACAGAAUAUAAAUGGCAGCCGAAGUUUUGGUCGUUGAGGGACGAUUCUCUCGUUAUGUUGUAAUAUUGUAACGUUGGCUAAAGGAUUUGGGCGGAAUAUAGCGCUCACAGAAUGAAGGUUACGGUUUGUUUUGAUACAGUUUGUGUCAUCGUUCCGUGUGGCAAUGGCGAGUUGACAGUAUCCGAACUCAUACAACGCGCGAUUUCAAGGUAUCGCAAAGCAACUAACAAGGCAAGUCCGAAUACUGCUAAGCCUCUAUCUUGACAUUCAGACAUUGGUGUUAUGAAAACAUCUUUGCUUUUAACUAUUCUUUAUGUAUUCUUGAAUGCCGACCUUGCAUUUGAUAUAAUUAUACCUCGGAUUCGCUCACAAGAUUUGCCCCAGGGUUGAUUAAAUUCUCAUUUAGUCCCGAUAUAAUUUUACUAGUUCUAUUUGCCAGUUUGAAUAUUCAGACCGUGCUUUACUCAUCUUACUAUGUAUGUUGCUGAAUUUACAACUGUUGAUUUAAUUGAUUUCUCGUUUUCUUGGAAACUGCGAUCUUGUAUUCCAUAACUUGCGAUUUUCUAGUUCAUUUUCCGGCGUCGCCGGAUGAGUUAUUCGAUUCGUAUAAAUUUACAAAUGUUAUGUAUCCAAGGUUCCUAUUAAAGUUUGUAUCGAACCGGUAGUUAAAAAUAAUCAGGUUACAGCAAUCAAACCUCUGCAUAUUUUAUUUCAACCUUUCAAAUCCAACUUAAGUAAAUAUAACUAGGGAUUACAGCUGCAAAUUUUCAUGUCGAUCCACCAGAACAUUCGUCGUCAAAAUGUCGACACAUGCGAAAAAUCAUAAAUCAUUAUCAGCAUUUAGUCUACAGUUUCCCAAGUUUUCUCAUUCCUUUUUUAGACGGGAAAUCGUAGUUUUUAUUUUAUUUCUAAGGUUCCCUUUCUGUGUUGUUCGUUUUUGUUGAUAGAGCAUAUAAUCGAGUAUCGAUCAAUCGUACUUGUACAGUCUUCAGUUUGUAUAUAACUUAAGCUUAAAUCACCUUAGCACUGAUUCAUAAUUUUUUUGAUAGACACAUUGUACAGAAGGUAUGUCAUUACAAGACACAGUUAAAAGUCCAAUUUAAUCAAAACAUGAGCUUUUCUUCCAUUUUCUUCUAGUCUUCCGAGGAACUUAUUCAAGUACAUUUUUUGGAGACAAAUGAAGAUCAUGGAAUACUUGAUCCUGACGACGUCCUCUCAGAUGUGGUCGACGACAAAGACAAGGUUCUGAUUUUUCCUUCUUAUUAUCUAUACUAUCUCAUAUCUACGUCAGUAUUUUUCUUUCUUAUUAAAGGAGGAUUACGCUGAAUGUUCCUUGCUUUUUAAAUUCUUUAGUUAUCAUUCCUAUUUUUAAAUGAAAUUUACAACAUUGAAAUGAACAUGAAGUUAAUUGUUGUAGCGUGAUGCAUGAUGAGCUUACACCUUACCAAUUGUCCAGAAACUAUAGCUUGGUACUGCUUUUAUUUCUUUGUUGAUACGAAUUACUAUCUGUUCUUCGUUACUGUGGCUUAGGAAGAACAAUCUGAUGUGCUAAGUAAUUUUAGAAUGAAUGCUCUCAAGAAGAUCAGUUUAAUGUUUGUUUAGUGAAUUUUAAGUAUUUUGCCCUCCUGCAAAUGUUGUGAUCAUGAGAAAAAUGCAAACGUUUUGUAAACAAUGUAAAAAAUUGUCAUGAAGGCAGAUUCCACUAUAGCUUCUUUUGCUGCAGUGAGGUCAUAAGACAAGUGUUAAAAUUGUACCACUAAAAUCUCACCUAAAGUUUUUCUUCUGGACAAUUUACUUCUUUAAUUAGCCAAAAUUUGUUUUGAAACGGAUAUUGUGAAAUACCAUUGAAUGGUGGUAGCUUUGGUAAUUUCCAUUUUAAUAACAAAGUUGUUAAUUUGAUGAGAAAUAGCCACUGACCUGAAACAAAUUAUAAUUUUAUAUUCUGCCAAAAUAAUUUAUUGUUGAGUAUAACUUACUGUUUUCAUUGACUACACGUGCAAGGUCAAGUAAUGUCCUUAUGGUUGGGAAUGAAAUAUUGGCCCAUGUUAGAAAGUUAUGUGGCAGAUAUUUGCUUGCUUGUACAGACUGUGGCUCAUUCUGUUAUUUACGCUUUUGUGUAAAAGCUGUCUGUAGGUGAAUUACAUUAUUGAGUUGAAGAUUCAACAACAAUGCAACGAAAUGCUUUGAACAAUAUAAACUUGGUCGCACUCACUGACAUCUUUGUGAAAAGGACUUCACAUUUCAUGAAAUGACAAAGCUUAAACUAAGGUUUAUAAUACUGAGAGACACAUAUUUGCAGUAUUUGCAGUGUGCAGUUAUCUUCAAUUUGAUCUGAGCUAGAAUGAUGCAAGAUUACUUUGUAUUCAUUUCAACUUAAAUUUCCAUGCAUUUGUUUAACAUUGCAGACAUUAAAUAACCACUAGGUCAAUGUCCUUUGUUAUUGUUGGCUUCUGUUAUCUCAUUAAAAAAGUGUCUUUUGACAACUUAUUUUGAAGGCUAUGUUAAGUUGAAUAUUUCAAAUUCUUGCAAGGCUUUAUUUUCUCCAAGAAAAAUUGUUGCAAGGUCAAAUUGUCUGAACUUAUGAAAUCUAGCUUCUCUGCAGUUUAAACAUUUUCUUAAAAAAAUAAAGUUUUUCCUGUCCUCCAGAGGCAGGAGUUAGUCACUAGCAGCCAUAGGGUGCUUCUCCCUAGAGAGCACAUUAGUGAUGUAUUUGUGGAUUAUUUUUGGUAAUUUAGCCGAAAACUAUUAAUGGGGUUAGUUUUUUUAAAAGCUACCUAAAAGGGACCAAGUAAUGAAAAUGUGGUUCUGAUUUUAAUAGGGACAAUGAUUUUUGAUCUAACUACUCAGAGCAGUUGGAGUCUACUGUCAACUCUCUCUUAACACGGACACCUUUGGGAUGGGCACUAUGUGUCUGUCCUAGAGAGAUGUCCAUCUUGUUACACUAUGUGUCUGUCUUAGAGAGAUGUCCGUCUUGUUACACUAUGUGUCUGUCUCAGAGACAUGUCUGUCUUGUUACACUAUGUGUCUGUCUUAGAGAGAUGUCCAUCUUGUUACACUGUGUCUGUCUUAGAGAUGUCCGUCUUGUUACACUAUGUGUCUGUCUCGGAGAGAUGUCUGUCUUGUUACACUAUGUGUCUGUCUUAGAGAGAUGUCCGUCUUGUUACACUAUGUGUCUGUCUCAGAGAGAUGUCUGUCUUGUUAGACUAUGUGUCUGUCUUAGAGAGGUGUCUGUCUUGUUACACUAUGUGUCUGUCUUAGAGAGAUGUCCAUCUUGUUACACUGUGUCUGUCUUCAAAGAGAUGUCCGUCUUGUUACACUAUGUGUCUGUCUUAGAGAGGUGUCUGUCUUGUUACACUAUGUGUCUGUCUCAGAGAGAUCUGUCUUGUUACACUAUGUGUCUGUCUUCAAAGAGAUGUCCGUCUUGUUACACUAUGUGUCUGUCUCAGAGAGAUGUCUGUCUUGUUACACUAUGUGUCUGUCUUAGAGAGAUGUCUGUCUUGUUACACUAUGUGUCUGUCUCAGAGAGAUGUCUGUCUUGUUACACUAUGUGUCUGUCUCAGAGAGAUGUCUGACUUGUUACACUAUGUGUCUGUCUUAGAGAGAUGUCCGUCUUGUUACACUAUGUGUCUGUCUUAGAGAGAUGCCCGUCUUGUUGAGACUCAACUAAGAGGAAUAAAGAUAUGCAGGGACCAACUUUAGGCGUCCAUUUUAGCGAAAGGAUGUUUGUCUUACAGAGGUGUCUGUUAAGAGAGAGUGACAGGAUACCGAAGGGAAAAGUAAAUCCUCAUUCCUAUACAGGGCUGAGCUCUAAGGAAAAUGAAAGGGAGCCCAGUGCUCUGAACCUCUGAAAUCCAGGGUGCCCAGCAUAAUUAUAAUUUGUAUGAAAAAGCUAAGAUUUUCCAGUUACCCGAGGGCAAAAGUUAGGGGCCAGGGGCCACUGAGCUCUGCUAGAGUGCAGCCUUGCAAUGUUUUACUGAUAGCUGCAUGCUAUUAGGUUGCUGUCUGCCGUCAAGAGUAUUAUUAUGAGAACCAAAACAUGGCAGACUAGAUUCUGGAUGGAUUUUGCUUAGUGUUUUAAAGGAAGGUGCAGGGGGUUGAGUUUUCUGGGAAGUCACUAAGAUUUCAAGUUGCCAGGUACAAUAGAACCUCAAUAUAAUGAAGGACCAAGGGACUGGCAAAAUACAUUUGCCAUAACGAGGUUUUGUUACAUUGAGGUUCUUUGCUAUGUAUUUAACUAUUGCUAAUGCAAAGAAUAUUAUUCGUUAUACCGAGGACCUCAGUUUAUAAAAGUUUGUGAAAACCUGGUUUCACUGUAUGUGCUAUUAGUACGCAGGAAAUUAAACAGCUAGCAGGUUCUUUUGGUUCUUUUUUUCCUUUUAGCUCCUAUGACACUAGCUGGGUGUCAUGCUUAUGGUAGCUGGGGAAAAUCCCCUGUUCCCAGCCUUACAGUGACAACCUUGAAAUGUGGCGUGUUCGAUGCAUGACAGGUCUCAAAAACUGAGUUUGAAUUGAGGAAUGGUGAUGGUGAUAAUGCAUCCCAUCCAGACAGCUUGUACCCUCAUUUAACUAUUCCUUGCUUUUGAACCCAAGACUACAAAAUAAUGUAGUGGCAAGUAAAUGCACAUGUUGUAAAUACAGGUGAAACCUGUAGUUUAAAAGUAAACAUGGACACUCUCUAGUUGGCAAUAGCUAAAGUUCCCAAAUUUAUUUCCAUUAUUUACUGUAAAUGAAAUCCUUAUUAAUUAAACACCUCUAUUAAGCAUACACGGUCAUCUAAAAAGUGGACAAAAUGGUAAUUUCUAUUGUUACAAACCUGUAUUGCUUGCAUGAGAAAAGUGUUGGUUUUCCUGUGCUGUCUCUAAGGAUCAUGUUCGUGGAAGUAAUAUUGUUGCACUUAGGCUUGCAAGGAUUCACUUAUGCAUCACAUUAAGUCUUUUCGCCCUGAUAUGAAUAUCAAUAUUUGAACAGGAUAAAAUUUGGGAUCUUGGUUGUGGAGAUGAAAAAAAAAAAAGAAAUGACUUGAGAUGUUUAGAAUUUUUUUCUCUUUGUCACUUUUUACUGUGCAAAUUGUUUGUUUAAUAUUUUACAUGCAAGUUAUGUGGCCAAUUUAUUUCAAUCAGUAAUGUUUGCACCUAUAACUUAUCUUAUUUUAACAUAGAAUAAUACUGGAAAAUUUUCUGCUGCCAUAAAAACCACAUAUUCAUGUUGAAAUUGACACAUUGUAAUCAAUAUUGUAUAACCCUUUGAAGCUCUUUCUACUCUCAAUGUUUUAUCCAAUUUUGUUUGUUUUUCCCUUGAUUAAUUUUGUAUUGGGAUUAUGAAUAUGUCUUUUGAAUUUGGUUUAUUGUAGAGUCUGUGAAUGAGAUUCUGUGCUCUAAUCAUUUAAAUGACAUGUCAAUAAUAAAUCCUAUUGUACUGUGUGGGGCUUCUGACAGGGUGCGAGGGUGUGGGACCACACAAUUCUGCAGAACACUGAGAAACACGUCAACAAUUUCGUGAAAAACAUUUUUUACCCUUCAUAAUCUAGAUUUUUAGAACUUUUGGGUGCUUUUCAGAUCAUUAUCUUUCCAAAAACAUCAUUGUUUUUUGCUUUCUUCAAACAGCUUUGAUGAACGGUUUCAAAUAGCAACUACAUAUAGAAAGCGUUCCUUGUAGCUCUGCGCUUUUCAUCCAUAUAUCUCAAGAGUAGCGCUUGCAACAGCUGCCAAAAAUUAGAAGGAUUUGUAUGAGAAAAACAACUUUUGCCUCCCAGUCACGCUUGAAUUAUGGUUUUCCAUACAAAUCCUUACUGCACUGUACAUCAUUUCAGUGGCAUAAAGUGAGUUACAAUGUAUAAUGCUUUUUGGUUCCUUUUUACAUGAGAGGUUAUUUUUAUGGGAUCUGACUUUCAAGACAUGGUUGAAAGGCAGCUGUAACAAGAAAUUUACAAAUAAAAAUAAAUCUUGCAAAAAUUUUUAUGCCAUACAGUACAACCGUGUUCUUAGCUUUGUUAGGAUGUGAAAUACCACUACGUUUGGAAGUUUAUUAAUUUGUUGGUGUUAACUAAUUAAAUUUUGUGUUAUUGCAGUUGCUAGCUGUGUUUCAAGAAGGCUCAACUCUUCACCGGCCAGCGCAAAAUGGAGGAUACGGCACCAGUGCAUCAUCAGUGGGGACAGCAAGUCCUGAAUUGUCUCCUCGCGAAGAUGAAACCACAAAAUUUAUUGAACAGCCAGUAAAAUCAUUUGCUCCAGUUAGUAACACUAUUGAAAACACUAAUGGUGAAGUCAAACAUUUCUCCAGACACAUGAAAAGUCCUCCGCCCCCUGUGGCUCCAAAACCUGUGAGACCUGUUCGGCAGGUUAAACAUAUCCUCAGUGCUAGGAGUUCAUUUGUAGAGUCUCUUCCUUCGGAAGAUUCUGGGAUAUCUACUCUUGAUGAUCGUGACAGAUAUCGAAAUAGCUCAGACUCAUCAAAGUCUGAAAUUAAUGACAAUGUGUCGGUAAAACCGGCAAUUUAUAAAAGCAGGACAGGAGAGACUACUUUUGUUGCGAUAGGGAGACCUAUCAAAUCCCCUGUGUAUAAUGGUAAUUUGAAUGGAGAAAGGAGGCGAUUUUCAUCUACCAGUUCUGAUCAUGCAGAUAAUGAACACAGUGAAAUUGAAGAAGAAACGUUUUCUUUGGGACGGAACUCCACAAGAAAAUCAAUGUUUGUAGAUAGUCCUAUGCUGGACAGAUGGGCUGAACUGCAGGAGGAAAGAAUGUUUGGGGUGAGUUUAAAAAGAAUAACAUUCCCAAGUUACAGUGGAGGUGCACUGUAUUUUUCAGGUUCAAUUUUAUUGUUGGUCCAAAGGCAUUUUAUUUGCCUUUGUUUUUGGGUAUUGUAAUGUAGGAAAAUAAACAAUCACAUAGAUUAAGAUUAAUUGCAACCUCAACACUGCAGUAUGUUUUGUAUGUCCAUGUUACAGGUGAGGUCAAAUUUAAUUUCAGGUUAAUUUUGAUUUAAACGAGGUUCAUUCUCAAUUUCCUUUUUCUCCUGGCCCUAGAAGACAAAGGAAAUUGAGAAUCAACCUUGGUUAAAAAAAUUUAACCUAAAAUCAAAUUAGACCUGUAACUUAUAUAUGGUCUGGUUGUUGAUACAGGGUAUCUCAGUAAUUUAAUCCAAUAUCCAGCCAUCUUGACGAAACAAGCUUGGUCAAUAAGGAUUAUUAUUUGGCCAAGAAGAAAACUAUUUCUCGCUAGACCAACAUGGAAAAUCCCAAGUGGGGAAGAUAUACUGAUUUAACCCACUCAGGUAGCCAGUCAGAACACAGGAUUUGCUUCCUCUUGCAUCUUACAAAUUCAGCCAUUUAAUAAGGUGUUUUGUUAACAGUAUUUCUAAUAUAAUAAUUAUUAUUUCUUUUUCAUUUAUUUUGUAGGUAAAUAACCAUAGGGGCGAGCCGGUCAGUACUGUAACAUCUCCAUCAGAGCCAAGCUCUAAUGAACCAGUUUUUGAUAAUCAUUAUGAUGAUGGCGAUGAACACUCUGAAGCUUCAGAAAGCAGUGGGUAAGAACAUCUCACAGUUUAACAAUGCAAAUAGAGAAAUGACAAUACAUGUACAUGAAAAGUGAUGGAAAUGAAAAUGAUGAUCAAUGGUAAUGAUUAUGAUGAUAAUGAUAAUAACUGUCAUAAUUAAAAAACGAAUUCUGAAAACCCAAAUUGGAAAGCAAGUUAGUAAGGGAGUGUUUGAUUGAUCGCAUUCUGGAAUAAUAAUACACAGAAAUUGUGACAAACUCGCUUCGCUUUCUCUCCUCUCUCCAUGUUAUUAAUUUUUACCAGAUUUCUUGAUUUCUCCUGAGAAUGAAGACUUGGAAAACAAGUAAUUUUUAGAGUUUAUCCCAUUCAUUCUUAUUCUGGGAAACAGAAUACAUUCUCUCAUACUAAGUCACCAAGAUCUCAAAGUUACCUUAUGGAAGGUGAAGUUAAGGUGCACUUAUUGCACUGAAAGCUUUUUCAUAAUUUACUGAUUAUUGUCUUAUGAAAAAGCCUUUAUUUCAUCUUUAUUUUAUUGAUUAAAUUUGUUUCCUUUCGUUUUAUUGUGGUGGCUUCAGUGAAGCUGAUAUGACUAUGAUAGAAUUAAAGAGAGAGGAUUCUUCAGAAGGAUUGGGCAUCACAGUCAUGGGAUACCGCACAGCUGAUGGCAGGUAUGUGGCAAUGCACUGCCAAUAAUGCAGGUAUCGGUGUUUAAACAGAGAGGAAAGGGGCUUUGAGCAUAGGUAGAAAGGGACAUUCCCAAGGGUUAGGAAUUUGAUAAAAAAAAAUUCAAAUGCCACACCUAUGCCCGUUCCCCCCCAACCCUUUCUCUCCGUCCAAACAUUGAUAUCUGCAUCAAUAAAUUAGCUUGUGUGGCAAGUGUGUAUUAACAAGUGUGUUUGAUGUGUUAAGUGAUGAGACAAAAACGGCUGGGUAGGAGACUAGGCACUAACAGAUUGUUUCUUUCCUUUUUUGCAACUAUUUGCACUUUCACUUUACAAUGCAGUUUAUCGAAAAAUAUCAUUUAGUACCCAUUCAAUCUAUGUAAAAAGUGAAAAACAUGGAGGUCACCAUUGAAUGUACAACCUCCAGAAGUAUAUUUCCAAUCCACCGCAAAAUCAAUAAAGGGCAAAAUCAAUCAUGUAUUUAUUUGGGAGACAAGAGGGUUAACUAAAUGUACUUAGGCUACAAGUUCGUGUAAGUAUAUUCAGGGCUUUUAAUGCGUGUGGAAAGCUUUUGUUUGUGUUUAAAAACUUAGCUAAAUACCUUGUUUCCAGAUGACAUUUGAUAUGUCAUUAAAAAAUCGAUCUUCCUUAGCUGAAGAUUUCGUCUCUUUCCUUCUGCCAGUUUUUUUCCAAUAGUUGCUAAGUUUACCAGACAAGUGUCAUUAAAAUAGUCAAAUCAAUAUUUCCUCAUACAAUUCUUCUCCUUUCAGUAUUUUACAAGGCUAAAUUUUAUAAAGUCACAUUCACUUUACAAUAAUAUUUCUCAACCAAAUUGGUUACUGGGGCUGGGGUUCCAAUGGUUUGAUAUGCAGACUUUACAGUCUAGUUUCUCCAGUGUUUAUUCAAAUUAUUAUAAUUUUUUUAAAUUCUUUCCCAGGGAACUUGGUCUUAUUGUUCGCGACAUCACUUCAGAUGGUUGUGCAGCAAAAGAUGGCAGACUUCAAGUAAGCAAUUUUUCAAUGACGUUUUUCAACUCACCUUUAUUUCUCUACUAUCCGCUGCCCUUUCCCCGCCCCCAAGUCCAUCGCCUAUUUUUUUCUUUUUGCUGUUUCACCCCGUUUUUUGCCUUUUUCCCUACUUUGGAGCGUGGUCCCAGGCUAAUGCAACAGCCUUAAGAAUCCUUGUUAACAUGAAAAUGAGAUAUAUUUAUCUUGUUGGGGAAAGGUGUAAAACAUAGAUGGCAUUAAUACUGUAAAUGCUCGAACUGGUUUGAAUGGGCGCGCUUUUUUAGAAUUCACGGUGGCUGUAAUCUAACUUGCAGAUAGCUGAUAGGAUAGUUGAAGUCAACGGUUGGAGUCUUAUGAAUAUGCUGAAUGAAAGGUAACUACAUCACCACAGCAUCAUAGUUCUAUUUUUAAACCUUUCGUUUUGUUCCUGUUAAUAACGGCUUCAAGAUUACUGCAGUAGAAUAAAUCGGCGCCGGCAGUAACUAAGAGCCUGUUAACAUGGAUGUGGGCCACAAGUAGGUGAGGUAUCUCGCGGCAGGUCAUCCCAUCUAUCAUGUAAACUUGAUCAAAUUAAAAUGAGAGAUUAUAUGGACAGGCGGGUUACCCCACCUAAGCGGGUUACCUCACACACCUAGGGUCCCCGACCUCCAUGGAAACAGGCGAACAGUGAACAGGCACUUAAAAGAAACAAAUUUUAGAGUGUGGGUGAAAAUAAUGGCCCUGAGCAUUCGGGUAAAUUUCUAGUGUUAUUAAAUGACUAAAAGUGAAAAAGCUGAAGUUUUUAGGGAACAAAGUGAACGCAUUUACCUGCUCUGUUGCUGGACUGUUGUGUCGCAGGAACAAAUUAAAACCUUUUCAGAUAAUUUAGGCCCCGUCAACACGUUUCCGAAUUCGUUUUCGAACGGAGAUUUUUGCUACGGUUUGGCCUAUCGGCCACGCCUAUCCGCUGAAAACGGUCACCGAAAACGCGUUUUUUUAUAAACCCUCUCCAGCGUGGAUAUCUUUGAAAACGCCGUUAUGUACUGGUGUGGAUGGAUGAAAAACGGAGGUUUUCUUUGAAAACGAUCACAUCACGGUGUUGGAUACCAGUAAAAUAGCAUGCUCGCAUGAAAGAAUCAAACGAUUCAAAAAACGCAAGAAAUUGUCGUGGGUUUUGUUUUGAAAACGGAGACAAUAAAAAUUUCCGUUUUCAAUCAAAAACGGACACGUGUGCAUUGGUUAAUCGUAGUUUCAAAGAGUGACAUCUGCCUUGAAACAGUUUCCUAAAAGCUUCUAAAGAAUCUCAUCUACUGUUGCAAUUUUAAAUUGCUUUUCUCCUUUAGAGCCGAGGAGCUUUUUGCUGCCGCCAUCAAGUCCUCUGUCGUAAACAUUGGUGUUUCGCGGUCGCAUUCAUUUGUACCGGGUCAGAAGUCAGAUGACCAGGAAGAGGAACCGAAACUUGAAGUCAGGGAGACAGAAGAACAAGAAAAGUCGCCCAGAGAAGUCUUGCCUUUAACUCCCCAAUCGCUUAUUGGUUCGCCUUCCAUACCUGACUCUAGCUUCAAGAAAAUAAACAAGAGAAUUCUUGUUGAACUAAUGAAAGGUAUGGGUGUUCGGUAGAGCUGGUGUUGAGUUUGCGAGCUAAAAUCUGUAGUGGCUGAGUUUUAUGAAUUAUUCGUAAAGUUAAAUAAAAGAAGAUUGUCACAGUUGUAGAAGCAAAUUUUGCAGUUGCGACAAGAAAGCCUGAAAAAAAAAACCAGGCUUUUAUGGGAUUCGAACCAUAGCGGUGCUGCGCGUUCCCAGUGAUUUUCGUAUAUUCAAUGUUUAAUUCGUAAAGUUGUUAAAACCUGUUAUUCCGUUUUCCUUGCCCUGCGAGAAUGUUUUUUUUUUCUAAGUGACGGACCUUAGUCUUGAUUAUUGUCCCGCUUCUUUAUCAAGAUAAGCUUGCGAGGUCUUUCAAUGCCGCAAAACAACGUUCUUUUCCCUCACCAGGAAAUGAUGGGCUUGGAUUUAGCAUUACCACGCGAGAUAAUCCGGCGGGAGGUAACACGCCAAUAUUUGUUAAAAGUAUCAUGCCAAAAGGAGCUGCAAUCGAAGAAGGACAGUUACGUAGUGGAGAUCAAAUUGUAGAGGUAUGUACUAUUUUCUGUGAGGGCUUUCUAUGGACCAGCCUGAAAACCCGUUUUAGAGUUGGCCAAACGAGAGUUUCCGCGCUAGUACAGUUCUUACUCUCCCUUGGUCAAAAAACUCUCAUAACUCUCGGCGACUCUCGCUCUCCCUGGACGGCUGUUGUCUAUUUAAACCUGUUAGUUUUUAGGACAGUCCUUGACAGGCUGUUUUCCUCUCGUUUGGCUCUGGCUUUAGAGCUGUAUGGGAGUUUUGGGAUCUGCAGUUACAGUAAAUUUUAGUUUUGUGGGCUUAACGAGUGAAAUGGAGCCCGGGAGAGGUUUAUCGUCCCGUCGACUUUUAUGAGGCAAGACCUUUCUACUGAGGUUUUUUCACUAUGCUUUUCUUCAAAAUUUUUUAUUUUAGAACUCCUUUUAUUCCUGUCAAAUUUUGAUCCUUGUUGGCAUCCUGAGAUGGCAAAAGCCGCUUGGGAGAUGUGAAGAAAACGCUCGCUCUGUAAACUUUCUUUCAUUCAACGCUCACGAACAUUCGCUUUCCUUUAAUCCUACAGUACCUAGGCCCAGUUCAGACGUCGUCCUUCUGCCGUGCCGAACUUAAUUGUAAUUUGUGCACAUUUGAUUCAGACGUCUCUUUCAAGUUUACAUGCCUCGUAACAAUUCUUCUCCCAACUCUCCGUGGGAUCAAAAUUCAUUAAUAUAAUUUAUGAAUUUUGUUUAGCGCAAUUUUUAGUCGAACUUAAAAGAAAAGUUUGAUUCAGACGCCGUUUCUUAAAACUAGAGAAUUUAGUUCGGCCAGGUAAAAACUUUGUCACUGUCUUCUCAUCAACAAUUUUUAGCGAGUUAAAAGACUGUUUCUUAAAACUAGAGCGAGGCCAGCUAAAAUUUUGGUAAGACGGAAAGCUGAUUUCUUUUUAACACGUACAUAUUUUAGGUAAACGGGGAGAAGAUGAAUGGAAAGAGCCAAGCCGAAGCGGUUAACGUGCUUCGAAGUACGAGGGGUUUGGUUAAGAUUUUGAUUCAAAGAGAAGAAGUCAUGCAGUCACCCCGAACACCGGCCAUUGAGGUGAGCUGAGCAUGUGUUACUGUACAGGCACUCCAACGUUUUCUGGGGCAGGGCAAACGAGGAGAAGUUAGAUGCAUGUUGGCAGUGAAAGCAGGUUUCCACGUUAGCAAGUUAUCAGAGGGGAACAAGACUUUUUAUUGCCUUAGAAACUUGGGCUAGUCGAUAUUUGGUCUUACAUGUGAUGUGCAGACACAAAAUAUUAGGAGCAAAAAUCAGGAAAUUCCGGAUGUACGAUAGUGGUUUGGUAUUCUCUUGUGGCUUGCGUCAAAGUUAAACAACUGAACCGGUUCCAAUAUACAGUGUAGUCGCGUGAGCCAGUUCACUAUUGGCAUCUGUUUUUGCCAGAAAAUUGAGGAAGCUCGUUAAGAACUCUUUUGUUUGAAGGGCCAAAAAAAGUGGCAGUGACAUUCCUAGUAUUGGUUCGAAGGGUGCGCACAAGUUGUUCUAGUUACCGUGCGAUUUGACACAUUAAAGAAAAAAAAAGGGGCCGACCAUUUGACUUUUGAGGGGAGUCUGGGUGAUUUGAUAUACGUAAGAUUUUUUUCCCAAACCUCUGGUGAUAGGUUUUUUUCCCUGACAUACAAAGCCAUGGGCCACUUACGUGUUCCUAACCCUCACUUUCAAAAUAAGGCCAAGUGCUCAAUCUGUCUUGUGAAAAUGAGUUUUAUUUGCGUUAGAAUGAAAAGUCAUUUCCAUAUCAAAGGCUGAGCACUUAACCUUGUUUUUAUACAGAGGCCUGGAGGAACUCGGAAAUAGCCUAUUGUAUGGCAGGUAUUUCCUUGAAAGAUUUGUUUUGCUCGAAAUCAGUUUGCAGGAUAUUUUUUACUGAAAUCACCCUUAACCCUCUCCCCCCUUCUGAAAAGUUAAAUGGUAAGCCCUUCGCUUGAUACUGACUUUAUCUUUUCGGCGCUUUUUCUCGGUUUGUCCUAUUAUUCAUAGUUUGUUUUCUCUAAAUCUCUGUUCUAACCAAUCACAACGAACAUUUUUUCUUUCAACCAAUCACACGCUAUGUAAGAGCUCGUGGCUCCAUUUUCCCCCGCGAUGAUAGGUUUACAGAACGCGUUCUGACAAACAUUUUUUAUCCAACUGUAGCAAAUUUUUAAAACUUGUUUUUAAGCUUUCUCUCAACAAAGCUUAUCGUUUUCUUGCUUUAUUUUGCCUCUUAAGGUGAAGGAAGACAGCUUACGUCACUUCCGAGAAGAAGGCCUUCAAGUAUUGACGUUUAAAAUACCUUUGGACGUGUCAGGUGCCGCGGGCCUUGGGGUCAGCGUGAAGGGAAAAUCCGGAGCAUCUUCUGACCAGGGUAGGGACAGUCCAAGAGACAAAGGCAUCUUUUGCAAAUCCAUCAUUCCCGGGGGGGCGGCGGCUAAAGAUGGCCGUCUUCGCCCAGAAGAUCAGCUCCUUCGUGUUAAUGGAAAAUCUUUGGUUGGUUUAACUAACCAAUCAGCCAUGGAAACGCUUAGACACGCGAUGCAGUCCACGCGUCCCAAUCAAGCAUUCAUUGACGUUACUAUAUCUCGGGAGCAAGACGAGUUACCCCCUCCCCCUGGAGUGUUGCUUCAGAGCAAGUCUCUAGAGAAGCUUAAUGCUCCUGACCAGGAGAGGCCCAUAGAAGCAGAGUCUGAGGAGAAACGUGUCGAGGAGCCAGUACAGGGUGUUUCCGAGACUGACGGUGGUGUCCCUAGUAAAGGAAGUAAGUUUCCAGUGGUUUAAAGUCAAUGUAAAGUGACACGCUCGUGACCAGUGUUCGUGGCAUGUAGAUUUUCCGAAUCAUUCCAACCAAGUAGCAAUUUAUCUCUAACUGUAGAGCCGCAUGGGAUAAAUGCACGCUUUUCCUUAAACUGAUGCAUUCUAGUUUUUCAUGUUGCCUUGUUUGCCUUAAUAGAGACUUGUAGAUUCGAGGACGAAGACGACUGUGAGGACGAAAUUUACGGAAUUUUUUUUUCGCCUGUAUUCUUAAAAAAAUUUAUAUAACUGAAAAGCCUCAUUCUACUUUUUUUUACCAGAAAGUUUAGAAGGGUUGAUUUUUUUGAAGUCGGUUAAGCCCUUGCUUCUAUUAGAAUCACAUUUUCGCUAAAACUUGGCCCCUAGUUGAAUGACGACGGAUACCAGGUUUUCCCGCCAAAAUGACGCUGGUUAACGCGUUCGCACUACUUAGUAUUGAUAAAAUCUGGUACUCGUCUUAUAAUCUUAAGAUCUCUAAUCAUAAUAUAUAAAUUCAUACUUUACCGCUCGAGACGUGAGCUUCCGAAACUCUUCACGGUGGCAAAUUUACUUUAUCUACUUAGCCUAACAGUACGACAACACAACUACACCUAAGAAGAAACAAUACUUCAUUGCGUGAAAUAAGUACUUGAAAAAAGGUGAAAGUAAAUUUUAUUUUCUCUUACUUAGGACUUUCGAGCAGUGGAAGUGACGACCAAUUUAAUGAGUCCGUCGUAAACAGAAACCUAACACCUCUCCGAGCUCGAAAUGGCGUUCAACGCAAUGAUUCCUACUAUGUAGCAGUCAAUAAAAGUCAAAGUCCUGGCGGACAAUUCUACAGCCCGUUACGGCCUCGUCCAUUUCAUCGACCCAGUCCUCUAGCUGUUGGAAAUGGCCGAACACUAUUUCCUGGUCCCAUUACUCCCGCAAGGACUUCAACGCCAGUGGACAAUCGAGUAAUAAACCCUCCGAUCAAUUUUCCCGCCGGAAGGCCUAUAAGUACUGUUGCUAUGCCAACGCCUCCUUUGGAAAGCACUGAUGACAGGCCGUCGAGUCCAUCGCAGGCUUCUCCAAAAGCACUUCCACCUCAGCCCCCUCCAAGAUGGGACUCAGAGAGGGAUACUACGAAACUUAAUUACGGUGCGCCAUCUGGGCUGCAGUUACGGCUUAAAAUGCCGGACGGACAGAACUCACCGGAGAGAGGGGCCACCCCAACUACACCGCCUCCCCCUCCCUCUCAGUUUUCGAACCAGUCACCUACGCGGGAGCUUCCUCCCUCCUACGACCAGGCGGUCUCCCGGCUAGGGAGGUCUCCUCAUCCCUCUGUCAGCUCGGAACCGACUACACCGGUCAAAGAGCAGCGGAAGUCAUGGAGCGAGGACGUGAACGGGGAAACUCCAAUCAUCCGGCCGCCUAGUCCGUUUUCAUCCGAAGACGAUAAUCCAUUCCAGAGGGAUGGCUUUGGUAGGUUGUCCAUGUCGGAGAAAAGAGGCCGAGCGGCGCUGGACGCUAGACAGUCAGAAUUCUUCAUGAAACGAGAUCAAGAAAGGAGUGAAGGUGAGAAUCUUGAAAACCGUGAACACCUGAAAUUAUAUUUCGUGAGGAUUGUAUCUUCCUCGUGAGAUAAAUGGCAACACUUUUCAGUAAUAGUAGCUCUUGACACUUAUAUAAUUCCUUUAUUUGCCCUCGGCAGUAUUUAUAGCACUUAUGCUAGUGGGGGAAAUUCCAACUGCAAACCAAAACCAGCUGGCUAUUUACAAGCGUGGUCGAGGAUUUGAACUCGGGAUUACCGUGAACCAUGGAAUACCAUGGAAACCUAUACAUUUUGAUACCUCUUAACCAACGGUUAGCGCUAACCAGUCUUUGAGCAACCGGCCCGGCGGGACUUGAACUCUGGGCCUCCGAAUUGCAGGUCCAGCGCUCCCAACCGCUCGGCCACGCUACCCUAAUAGUGAUCAGCAUCAAAUCAGCCUCAGGUUUCCAAGCGACAAAUCUGAUUGUACUGCCGUACAUUUUUUUAGGGAGUGCCUCGGAAGAGGAGGAAAAGGAAGAAGAAGAAGAAGAGGAAGAGGAAAGACCGGCCGCAGCAAAUACACAUCCGCCCCUCAGACGAGCUGACUCUGAGGAGUUGUUACGAGAGCAGUUCAACAAAGGUAAGAUUUAAUGAACUUGAAUUGUGUACUUCACUUCAACUUUGCUUCGCACUUCUGCUUCAGCACUGUUUAGUAGGUUAAAGGUAAGCAGUUAUCCAAAGACUCAAAAGCUAGAACUACCUUGUGAGGCAUAAUAAGUAGCACCACAAAAAAACACCGCUCAGUAGCUUUCAUUUAGCUGUCGAUGAUGAAGAUGAUGAUGACGACGAGGAUAAUGAUGCUGAUUCGUUUAUUUUGUAGAGUCAAAACUCUUCUAAUUACAACCAGUAACUAUAUAGUUGAAAUACGUUUGCAAACAAUAGAAGUUAAAAAAACCCACUGGUUUUCUUAUUUCAGUUCGUCUAAAAAAAGAAUUCUUACGAGUGCAAGAGAUUUCCCCCGCCCGCCCGCCCCUUGCCUCACCUUUUUUCAUGGUUAUCUUUGCAAGUGCUGAUUAUGAUCUUAGAAUCCUUUAAACUUUGACAACAGUUGAUGGGGCAGGAGUUGUGCAAAGUCUGAUAAACACCACUUUUGGCUUAUUAGGCUUCAGUCUCAAGCCUUUUUGUAAUUGGUUGUAACGUAGGAUUUACAAACUAGAAACAUUGCUGGUGUUGUUACCCGUUAUAGGCUCCCAGGACGAAAGAAGAUCACUUCCUCAUAGUCGCAUGCAAAAGAGCAAGUCAACUGGUCAGCUUAAACAUGUCGGCGUUAAAGACAAAAAUAAAAAGUGAGUAAUUUGGUUUUUACCAAAAAAAUUCCCAGUUUUUUUUUUUGUGUCAAACCCUACAUGACUACAAAGCAGUUUUCAUUGUUAAUAUUAUUACCUUAUUAUUCGGGGUAUCUACUCUAUAAUUUUAUUAACUAUUUCGGUGUCCCAAACUCCACACGUACAAGGAAUAUUUAAGAACGUUUCUUUUCCCUCUCCUCUUCCCCCCUAAUAAUGUGUAUAUUGAAUUUGUAAAUUAUUUGGACUCUUUCUCUUGUAGUUUAUGCGUUUGUGUUCAUUUUGUUUAGAACCCUCCUCUUGUAAUUAUCAUAACCGUACAUAUUUUGUGUCAGUUAAAAGAAACUAAUAGAGUGAAUUAUUAAUACAAAUGUAUUUUAAUCUUGGCUUUUAUAGGUCUAAAAGCAACGACAACCUAAGUUUUACAAAGGCUGUUGAAAAUGCCAACAACGCAUAUUCAGGUGAGAAUUAUCACCCCAUCCUCCCGACUCUUCCUCUUUUACCCAAUUCGAGUCUUAAACAUAUCGUUAGAGGGCAAUCGGUGGGGUUUCAAUUACUGUCUUUUCUACCUAAACAGUCACGGUCAAACUAAGAAAACCGUGGACACUUAAAUACAAGACGUCUAUCCAAAUACCCGUUGUUAUCUGCCGUUUAGUUUUUUUCCUUGGUCUGAUUAUCUCGUUAACUUCUGAAAAUAACGGUAUUCCGCUUUGGGAAGAAAGAAAAUCGUUUUAAGGCAGGAUAAAAACCCUGUAGCCUUCGUAGCAGGCGCUUGGAAGACGUGGGCACCAGAAAAAACGGGCGCGCGAGAAGGAGACACGCGAGGGGAGAGGGAGCGCCUACACGGAAGGCCCCCAAAAAUCGUUUCCCGCCCCCUCUCCAAUUACCUGGCAGCCGGGCCGCCCGGGCCCGUUAUCUCUUUCGCCCACUACUUCCGAGCGCCUGCUACGCAGGCUAAAAACCCUGUAGCCACUCGACUUACACAUGUAGAUAUUGCGUGACUUAUGUGUUCCUUGCGUGAUAUAUGCACAGGAAGUGACAUGCCCAAUGGUCACGCACGCAGUCAGUCUGAAGAAGAGGUACCUAUUACAAUGCAGAGUAACGCAGAUUUCAAUGCAGUGCAACAGAAACUUGCUGUCAAGAAACCAUUCUACAAGGGAAUAUUCAAGUACGUAUUUCGUUAGGCUUUUGGUUUGUCAACUACCAUUAAAAGGUGUUACUCUGUUCACUAGUGUUUAACUUGCGGGUACACCCUUCUCUCCUCGCUCGCCGCUAGGAACCAUUCGCGGGAAGUAACUCAAGCGGUGAAGAGCGAAGACAGACGGCUGUAUUUGCGGACUUUUUCUGGCUGUUUCCGCUGUGUCCGGUAGAAAUACGCCCUUAAUCUGUUCUAAACUCUUUUCAAAGAGUUCGCCAUGCAGCUUGAAGGUGGAAGGUGAAUACCUUAAAUAAACUGUGUGGGUUUGCGCGUGUCCAGUUUUGGUCUGGUUCAGGACCUACACUGUACAAGAUUCGUUUUCAUUCUAAACCACUGCUCGUAACGGUUGAAGCGUUGAAGCGUAGAAGCGUGGAUGCCUGUAGCCUGCCAGUACAUCCCAUCGCUGUCCGUCGUUGGGGGCGUUUACAAAAUUCCGUGUUGCGAUCUGGAAAAGGGUGAAACUUGCAGUUCAUAAUGUCGGGUGGAAAUGGCGCACAUCCCCUUGUGAUCAUUUGUGCUCAGUAGCUUUGAUUGCUAACAGCUGAAGAUAGGUGGCCUUCUUCUUUAUCACCAGCUAUCUGCUGUAAUUUACCACUAACGGUCCGGAGGAAAUUACUUUCCCUUAAUCUUAUGCGUAUUUUGAGUAUUUUAAGAGGUGACAAACUCAAGCUUUUUAAUUUUACUCACUUUUUCAGAAUUGGAAAAGGAAAGAAAGGCGAUUACAAUUUAACAGACAACGAUGGCCUUUCCUUCAAGCAUACGUAUAACAGAGAAGCACUGAUCGAUUUUCCCGCCGAGCAGCGUUAUCGACAGCUUGUCAAUCACUACGGGCAAGAAAAACCCUCCGACCGCGCGAAUACGCUUCCGACUCGCAGCAAAAAGAAACACGAUGUUAGGAACAAAGGCUAUGAGGAAGAACGACCGGCUCCGAUGUUGAAAGUCGGAAGAGUAACAGUAACAGCGCCAACUAGGGUUUAAUACACACGUGAUAGUUGAAUACAAAGUAGAUUGACUGUUUUCGCUCCAAAAGAUUUUGCACUCUUUGUUUUAAAGAAAUUGUGAUACUAAGCUUAAGCAUUAGCUAUUGAUAUUCAAGAACUUGGAGAACAUUUUUAUUUUUGUCUUUAUGACCUUUUAGGUCCUAAAAGUCCUCUUGAAAUUGUAAAUGAACCAAAAUCCAUUUCUUUUAUUAUAUAUUUCUUCAAGCCCAGAGUGAACGAGGAAUAUUUUGAUACUUUCAGCAACUCGUAAUUUCUUACACGCAAAAAAGUUUCAUUUCUCUUUAUUGUCUUGUCCUUUAAUCGUUUUCCUCUGGGCUUGUCGAGUCUUUUCUUUGCGAUUGUACUACAGAAACCCCUUUAUUCGAAGCAUUGUCGUCCUAAAUGUUCCAGCGAAAUAUCUGAUUUGUAUGGACGGGAUUUCGAGUGGUUAGGGUUUUACAGUGUACCUCAGUUUCAAUAAGUUAUGUGUUAAGUGAAAUGAAAGAGAGAUUAAACAGUAAUGUGAUAACCUCGCGGUAACAAUAAGCUGAAACUCAUGUGGUAAAUUCGAUUUGUAGAUUGUAUUGAUCCUAAAUAGCUGAUUAUUUUUCCAGAAAAGAAAGAAAACAUAUUUUGCAUUACGUUUUUGUAAAAUAACUUAAAUAUGUCUCUACCCGAUCUGUAAAUAGCAAUACACCUUAAUUAGAAUCAAAAUAGUAGAAUUUUUUUCUUAUAAUUAUACCAACUGAUAUAUAUGCAAAUUUAGCUAGGUUUGUAAUAAUUGCUUUGUGGUUUUAAGUUUGAUCACAGAUUAUUGUCGCCGAUAUCGAC